CUAUUUACUUUGUCAAUUAUUUAAUGGGUCAACAGCGCUGGCAUUGUCAUUCUGUAGUGGCACUUAGUCCUUGUAAAAACGUAGCCCCUUUCUACCUGUUUGUGUCCUGUUUGUGAGUGUUGUCAUGUCACCUGCACUUUUUAGCGAUAAUCGACAAACGACAGUUCGCCAAGUAAAACUCAAAAAACCCUUUGUACAGGAUGUGAUAGCGCCAGUUACAAAGGACAGCCAGCCCCUGGAGGAGUCGCAGUCGAUAGGAGGAGAACCACCAACUGAACCGGAAGCGGGACCUGACAAGGAUGGCAGCGAAUCCCUGACAUCGGCCAUGGCCAUCGAGGGCUUUGUGCAGGGCGCACCCGAGGAUUAUACAGUUCAGUCUCAAACUGCAAUUGAUGAAGAGGCACGCAUGAAGCAGAUCAUCGAAUCGGGGGACCUUGAGCAGCUGGCCGAGAUCGUGCUGAAUGGCGAGGGCGCUAGUCUGUUGAAUCUCAAGUCCAAGGAGGCGGAAAUACAAGCCUUUCUCAACAACGUGCCCAGCUACAUGGAGAAAAUCCAUCGCGUGCACGAUGCGGCACGUGACGGCAGUUUGCUGGCGCUGCAGCAGGCACUGGAUCGCCGGAAGUUUGCCAUUGCAAAGGACGACAUAUCCCCCAAUGGCUCCACGGCCCUGCACGUGGCCGUGCUCUUUGGACACACGGACAUCGUUCGGUAUUUGGCUUCGCGUUUUCCGGAGACCAUGACAAUUACGGAUAAUGACGGACGCACGCCGCUUCACUAUGCAGCCACGAUUAAGGACAAUGGCCAUUUCUACAACAUGUUAUCCCAGCUGGGCGGCAAUUCCAAGGCACUGGACAAGCUGGGCCACACGGCCGAGUUCUAUUUGGACAAGGAGAAGGCGAAGGAUAUCCUCAACUACACCGAGUUGCUCAAUCUCUUUGGGGCCGAGGAGCUCGAGAAUCAGUUGCUCAACGAUCAAGUUCCCGACGAUCUGCACAGUGCCCGGCGAGAGCUGCAGGAUGGUGAGAUCUCACGCACUCUGGAGCGCUGUUACAACGUGAUAGCGGAAUCGGGAAAGCUUUUGAGCGCCAGCACGGCCUCGGCCCUGUCGCACCGGAAGCCACUGAGCGCCUCAUCGCUGCAGUUGUCGGUGACCAGCUUCCUGAGCCGCUUCCUCAAGCGUGCCGUCUACGAAAAGAUCAAGCGCCGCCAGACGCGACUCGACCACAAUCUCUUCGAUGUUCUGUGGCCGGCGAUGCGCAAGACCUCGAAGGCCCGCCACCUGGAGGAGGACAUCAACUGUGGCAUUAUCGCGCCGGACUAUGAUGUAUUUGUGGUUUUCCAGGAGUUCCUGGUGCCGCUGCUCAAGGACAUGCACUGCCUAUGCAUCGAUGCCGACUUUAAGCCGCAGCCGCGUCUCGCCUACUUUCCCAUGGAGAACGGGGAUCGACUGAACACGGCCGCCUUCGUCUACGACGAUGAGUCAAUUCUGGUCACGCGUUGCAUUGUGGAGGCCUCGCGCAAUCUCGACCAGCUGGAGCUCCCCCUGAACCUGACCAUUGGCCAGUUGGAGCAGGCCGAGCGCCUCAUGAUGGGCAAGAUAUUCACGACCAGCUUUGCGGAUGCCAUUGGGGAGACGGAGUCCGGCAAUUACUAUACCCUCACAGAGCUGCUCGAGCCCGACUCGGAGGUGACCCUAAUGCUCAGCAGUUUGGGUCUGAUGAUAUCCCUUCUGGACACCAAAGACCUGGUGCAGGCAGCCGAGUCGACAGCAUUUAAUGGUGCCCUCUGGCCCUAUGGCAGGGGCGUCUUUGUUAAUUCCGCCCACAACAUGGCCGUGUGGCUGAACUGCCAGGAGCAUUUGCGCGUGAUCUCGACGACGAGCAGCAAGGAUCCGGGCGAUAUGGGAGCGGCCUAUACGCGGGUGGGACGAGCCGUGACCUAUCUGGAGACGCAGCUGCACUUUAAGGAGAGCUAUCUGCUCGGAUAUUUGCAAUCUAGGCCAGCCUUCCUGGGCACAGGCCUCAAAAUGACGACGAUCGUGAAGCUGCCCAAUCUGAUGAAGGAGAUGGACAACCUAAGGCACCUGUGCGCCGUGCGAGGGCUCAGCAUGGUGACAAACCGCCUGUCCAAGCUCACGGUGCGGCUCAUCAAUAUGCAGAGCAUGGGCAUUGUGGAGUAUGUGCUGUUCCAGGACUAUUGCACCGCCGUAACCAAUAUACUGUCCCUCGAGAAGGACAUGUCGCUGACAAACUCCAAGCACAUUGCCACCAUGCUGGUGAAGAUCUUCAAGCGCAAGAAGAACAGCAUUGUGGAUCGCAAUUGAGCCUCCGGCGAAUAGGAUGGGAUGUGAUGGGAUAGGUCCCCAUACCCCCAAUGUACAUAACAUACAUGCUCGUACUCGUACCCGUACCUACUGUUAUCUUAGAAACAUACUUAUAUAGAUCCUAACUUGAUCGAUUCUUGACUCUUGUGUGCCCAGCAUUGCCAUCAAUAUCCACCUACUCCUCCGCUUACGCUGAGCUUCUUCGUACGCCGCACAUAUUCCAAAUUCCGUA